AUGGACAAGAGGUAUGUUCUGCCCUCCCGCACCUACUUUAACCAAGUCGCCAUCCCACAGCUGUACGGAGAAUGCAAGGCCAAAGUUGUAAAUGAGCUGGAAAACAUGGAGUUUUACGCGUCAACUACGGAUAUGUGGUCAAGCAGAACAACCGAGCCAUACAUGAGUUUGACGGUGCAUUUCGUGAACGAAAACUUCGAGUUGUGUAACCGCUGCCUGCAGACAGCAUACUUCCCCACUGACCAUACCGGGGAGAACAUUGCAGCGGGGCUUAAGGAGUGCUUGGCAAACUGGGGCCUGAAAGAGGAGGCCCAGACCUGCAUUACAACUGACAACUUUUCGAACAUGGUCAAAGCGAUGGAGCUCAACCAGUGGACGAGACUGCAGUGCUUCGGGCACAGCCUGCAUCUUGCAAUUGAAAAUACUGUCAAAGAUGACCAACGCAUCAAACGGGCCACAGGACUGUGCAAGCAGCUGGUAGCAGUUUUCAGCCACAGCUGGAAGAAAAAUGCAGCGCUGAAACAGGCACAGCAAGACCUGAAUCUUCCUCAGCACUCUCUGGUCACCGAAUGUCCGACACGAUGGGGCUCCCGGCAGAAAAUGAUUAGCAGAGUGUUGGAACAGAGCAAGGCACUGUGCCAGGUUCUGUCUGAAGACAGGAAGACGCGGCACCUGGUCCCCACCUGGCAAGACACAGAUGUGCUUGAAUCUAUCAACAAUGCCCUCGGUCCUCUUCAAGAAUUUACAGACGCCCUCUCAGGUGAGGACUACGUAAGUGUAUCUUACCUCAAGCCAGUGCUCCACCUCCUGAGAACAGCUACACUUGCUGAAACUGACGAGGAAACAGAUCUCACAAAGGAGAUAAAAUCAAGAGCCCUCCACUACAUCGUAGGGAAAUACAGUGACCCAGUGACCCAGGAGCUCCUGGACAUAACAUCCUUUCUUGACCCAAGAUUCAAAACCACCUACAUAAGUGAGGAGAAUGUCCAAUUCAUGAAAGACAGAGUGAAGAUGGAAAUGGAACAGGUGGCACAAAAGGAACAGAGGGCUUGUGUCACAACCCAUCCCAUGCCCCUCAGUGCAGAAGAAGAACCACCAUCCACCUCUACAAAGCGAAAGCGGUCACUGGGCAGCUUUUUCAAGACCAAGGCGAUCCCUGCUUCCUCUACUGUGCAGUUGGAGGAUACCAUUAAAGCAGAACUGGACAACUACCUCAUAACUCCUACCGUUGAUGGAGAGCAAGAUCCACUGGCCUGGUGGAGAGUGCACAAUGUCAACUUCCCCUGGCUUAGCAAGUUGGCUCGUAAGUACCUUUGCAUACCAGCAACGAGUGCACCGUCAGAGAGACUGUUCAGUGCCAGUGGCAAUAUUGUCACAUGUCAGCGUGCAAGUCUGAAGCCAGCAAAGGUUGACAUGUUGGUUUUCCUGGCCAAAAAUCUCUGAAGAGAUGCAGGGAUGAAGGGGAAGAUUUAUUGUUUUUUGUUGUUGUUCUUCUGCAUCUUACCCUAAAAUCCCUUAUCUGCACCUUACCCUGACAUGACUUAGUUCUGUUAA